AAGCAGCGCCCAUGUGGAGGGGAGAAGAACAGGACCGAAGUAGAGGACCGUGUGCAACCCGCGUGUGGCGCAGAGGAGACCGACAACAACCAGGCGCAGUCUGAGGUUGUAGGAGCUAGUGGAGAUGAGUAGUAAUGAGUGUUUUGGAUGCGGACGUACUGGCCACUGGAUCAAGAACUGUCCGAAUGCCGGGCGGGGACGAGGCAAGGGCCGCGGGAGGGGGAAAGAUCUGUUCUGCUAUCGCUGUGGAGAGCCUGGUCACGUCGCCAGGGACUGGCCGUGCUAUAACUGUUCUGUGUUUCUGCAGCGUGCUAUAACUGUUCUGUGUGUUUCUGCAGCGUGCUAUAACUGUGGUCGUGGAGGACACAUCUCCAGAGACUGUAAGGAGCCCAAGAAGGAGAGGGAACAGGUCUGUUAUAACUGUGGCAAGGCCGGCCAUGUGGCCCGGGACUGUGACCAUGCCAACGAGCAGAAGUGCUACUCCUGUGGAGGCUUCGGACACAUCCAGAAGGGCUGUGACAAGGUCAAGUGUUACAGGUGUGGUGAGAUCGGCCAUGUUGCCGUCCAGUGCAGCAAGGCCAGCGAAGUCAACUGCUACAACUGUGGAAAGUCUGGUCACCUGGCUAAAGAAUGCACCAUCGAGGCCACGGCCUAGCGCUCUGCUGCCUUCCUACGCCCCUCCCUUUUCACAUGGAUGGUUGUAUUAUUUUGUCUGAAUUGUCCCCUCUGGCCCACGGCAGGCUACGGAGGAUAGUCCCACACCAGUCUGCUGGAAAAGCAGGACGGGGGGUGAAACAUCCACUUUCUGCAUUUAAUCAAACAUGUUUGUUUAGUUUGGUAGAGGUUAAUGUAUAAUGCUUGUUAAAGAACCCCCUUUCCAAGCCACUGGUGACCAGGGAUGAAUGAUGAGUGGAUGCCCUUCCUACCAGGUCUGGGAAACCGGCACUUAGUGAGAGUGAGUGGGUAGGAAGUCUGAGCUUCCCGUAAAGAUUGACUUUGUUUUAGUUUUCUUGAACAAAACGGAGUCUACCUGCAAGAGAGUGACUGACGUGCGACAGCAGCCCCGGCCAGCGGUCAUUAUGUUUACGGUUCAGUCCGGCAGCAGGCAGGCAGAUAACCCGCCCAAACACUAUGAAUACUGUGAGAGAAAUUACAAGAUUAUGUUAUAAUACUUUUAUUGCAUCAAAUGGCUGUUUUAAACAGAAUAGAGUGUUCUUAUAACUCUAUUGUGUCUGUGUGAACUGAAAGUGGGCCUCUGGGAGAUUUAACACUGACAGGAGAUUUACCAUGUCUUUUG